AUGAAGGGAUUCAAUUUCGCAUCGGCGUGGGCGAGGUCGAGACCGAGUACGAAGGCGAUCCCCUGGACUUGUGGGAGAUGUAUUCAGAGAGAAAGGAAGACGUCUUGGGUGCAGAAUGCGGCGUACUCGACGGGAAAGAGGGGAGGGAAUGGUUAUGGUUAUGGUUAUGGAAAUGGUUAUCAGCAGAAUCGAAGGGGAAAUAAGGUUAUCAUGGCUUCUGCCGUCGGAGGCAUUGCUGCGACUGGACUUGCUUUCACGGAUGAUGUAAGGCAUGCGUAUGAAGCGGUUGAGAGGACGGGGAGAGUGAGUGCUAUGAAUUACCUUCUGCCUUUAGAAUGGACAACGACGUUUAUACCUUUGCAGGACAAAUGUCCUGUUUCAUCAAUGGAGUCGAUAGAGAAUAUGUUUAAGAUGGAUACAGGCGAACAACUUUCGGAUUACUUCUCAGAAUUCGCACCUCAACCGAUAGGGGCAGCAUCGCUAGCCCAGGUACAUCUGGCGACUGUCAAGGAAUCAGGACAAAAGGUUGCUGUUAAGGUGCAACAUCCAAAUUUGGCGGAAUGGGCAGCUCUUGAUCUAGCAUUAACUAGUUUUACAUUCUCGACAUUGAAGAAAUUCUUCCCGGAAUAUGAUCUAGAAUGGUUAUCAUCGGAAAUGGAAGUUUCUUUGCCAAUCGAACUGGACUUUACUGAGGAAGGGAAAAAUGCUUUGCGGGCAAAAGACUAUUUCUCACGGAUACCGGAAUUACCGUUGAUUAUACCUGAUGUUUUAUGGGCAAAGAAACGCAUAUUGGUUAUGGAGAAUGUAGCUGGACAUCGUCUAGAUGACCUAGAAUUUCUCGAUUCUAAUGGUAUUGAUCGUGACGAGGUCUCCGCUGCUCUCGCUCAUAUUUUUAACGAAAUGAUCUUCGGAAAGGAUGCCCCUCUACACUGUGAUCCACAUGGGGGUAAUCUCGCUAUACGCAAAAAUGACAAUCGACGUGGCGCCAAUUUCGAUGUAAUCCUCUACGACCACGGUCUCUACCGUGAUAUUCCUCUCGGACUUCGACGCUCAUAUGCAAAACUCUGGCUGGCGGUAAUUGACGCUAAUGAACCCCGCAUGCGCAAAUACGCUAAAGAGGUAGCUGGUAUAACGGAUGAACAAUUCCCCCUAUUCGCCUCGGCUAUAACGGGCCGCGAUUACACCAUUCUAACAAAAGAUGUAGCUCUUCAGCGAUCGGAAGAAGAGAAGAAACAUAUUAAUGAAGCAUUGGGUGAAGGGAUGCUUCAACAACUUGUGCAAAUGCUAGGACAGGUUCCGAGGAUUAUUCUGUUAAUAUUGAAGACAAAUGACUUGACGAGAAGCUUGGACGAGAAUUUACAUACGCGACAGGGGCCUGUGAGAACAUUCUUGAUCUUGGCCCGAUAUUGUUCGAGAACGGUAUUUCAGGAACAAAUGGAGGAUAUUAGGGCGAGGGGCAGUCUUUUAUGGCCAGCCAAUGGUUUUAGGUUGUUGGUAGCAUGGUUGGGAUAUGUAAGGGUGGAGUUAAAGCUAGAGGCUUUUGAGGUUUGGCUGAGAGCUAAAAGAUUAAUGGGUCAAGCGUAA